AUGCUGAAGGAAAUCUCUGCGGCCGAAGUGGCCAAGCACAACAAGCAAGGCGACUACUGGAUGAUCUACAACGGUGAAGUGUACGACGUGUCCAAGUUUGCCGACGAACACCCUGGUGGGGAAGAAGUGCUCGCUGACGUGGCCGGUACCGAUGCCACCGAAGCCUUUGACGACAUUGGCCACUCCGAUGAAGCCCACGAAAUUAUGAUCCCCUUGAAGAUUGGGACGUUGCAAGGCGGCACCGUCAAGAAGAUCGAGACCGCCCAGCUGAGGGUGCUGGAAGACACCGGGUCCAGCUCGGGUUUCUUGGCUGGUGUUGGUUUGGUGAUUGUCGCCGUCCUCGCCUACUACUUGAAGCAAAACGGCUACUUCUAA